AUGGGCGACGUGUCUUCGACCCGACUCUAUCUGGGAAAUCUCCCGCGCAACGCCACCAAGGCCGACGUCGAGAACCACUUCGCCAGCCAUGGAACUGGUGAGAUCACCGAGAUCAAGCUCAUGAACGGCUUCGGCUUCGUCGAGUACAAAGACGCCAUGGACGCCCGCGACGUCGUUCCCGAUGGCUCCGACUUCAUGGGCGAGCGCCUCGUCGUCCAGUUCGCUCGUGGAUCCACUCGUCCUCGCGAGUAUGGCCAUCCCGAGCAGCGCGCUCCUCCCCGUCCGCGUCGUACGGUCCACCGCAUGUCCAUCACUGGCCUUCCCUUUGAAACCAGCUGGCAGGACCUCAAGGACUUUGCUCGCCAGCCCGGCCUCGAUGUUGUUUACUCUGAAGUCGGACGCGAACGCGAUGGCAGCGGCAACGGCAAAGGCUUCGUGGAAUACGAGACUGCUGCCGACUUGGUCUCUGCUGUGGAGAAACUAGACGGACAGGAAUUUAAGGGUGCCACUGUUCGCUGCAUUCCUGAUACCCAGUCCGAGAUUCCUCGCAUGCCACCCCCGCCUCCUCGCGACAACCGUUACCGCUCGCGCUCGCCUCCUCCUCGUCGUGGUGGCGGUGGUUACGGCGCACCUCCAAUGGAUGACUACUACGGAGACCGCAGAGGUCCUCCUCGCGGUGCUGGUGGUUACAGCCCUCGCCGUGACGACUACCGCCGCAGAAGCCCCCCACCUCGUUACUACGACGACCGCAGAGAUCCCUACGCUCGUUCCCCCCCACCCCGCGCCCGCGGUCCCCCAGUCGAUGACUAUGCGCCGCCCAGAAGCCGUGCUUACCCUGCUGACGACGGCUACGGUGCACCUCCUCCAGCCCGCCGUUACGAGGCUGAUCCCUACGCCAAUGGCCACGGCAGAGAGCCUAGAGAACCUAGAGAGCCUAGGGAGCCCAGAGAGCCUUACGGCCGCCCUCCUAGCCCUCCCCCAAGACGCGAGCGUGGCUACGAUGCAGGCUACGAUCGUAGACCUUACUGGUGA